UGGCAUGGGAGGCAUGAUCAUCGUUCUGCUCAUCUGCAUUGUCUGGUUUCCCCUUCUCUUCAUGUCCUUGAUCAAAUCUGUGGCGGGGGUCAUCAACCAGCCCCUGGACGUCUCGGUCACAAUCACCCUGGGAGGGUACCAGCCUAUUUUCACAAUGAGUGCACAGCAAAGCCAGUUGAAAGUUAUGGAUCAGCCCAAGUUUAAUAAAUUUAUGAAAGCUUUUUCUAGGGACACUGGUGCUAUGCAAUUUCUGGAAAAUUAUGAAAAAGAAGACAUAACUGUAGCAGAACUGGAAGGAAACUCAAAUUCUUUGUGGACCAUCAGCCCUCCCAGUAAGCAGAAAAUGAUAAGCGAACUCAUGGACCCCAAUAGUAGCUUCUCUGUUGUUUUUUCAUGGAGUAUUCAGAGAAACAUGAGUUUGGGUGCAAAGGCAGAAAUUGCAACCGAUAAGCUUUCUUUUCCUCUUAAAAAUACCACACGAGAGCAUAUAGCUAAAAUGAUAGCCGGCAACAACACGGAAAGUUCAAGAACACCGGUGACUAUAGAAAAGAUCUACCCAUAUUACGUGAAAGCACCUAGUGAUUCGAAUUCAAAACCUAUAAAGCAACUUUUGUCUGAAAAUAACUUCAUGAAUAUCACCAUCAUUUUGUCCAGAGACAAUACAACUAAAUCUAACAGUGAGUGGUGGGUUCUCAACCUGACUGGAAACAGAAUAUACAAUCAGCACGCUCAGGCCUUGGAACUGGUGGUCUUCAAUGACAAAGUCAGCCCGCCCAGUCUGAGGUUCCUGGCUGGCUAUGGUAUCAUGGGAUUGUAUGCUUCGGUUGUCCUUGUGAUUGGGAAAUUUGUCCGUGAAUUCUUCAGUGGGAUUUCUCACUCCAUCAUGUUUGAAGAGCUUCCAAAUGUGGACCGAAUUCUGAAGUUGUGCACAGAUAUUUUUUUAGUUCGAGAGACAGGGGAGCUGGAACUCGAGGAAGAUCUCUAUGCCAAAUUAAUAUUCCUGUACCGCUCACCAGAAACCAUGAUCAAAUGGACUAGAGAAAAAACAAAUUGAUGCUUUAAGACACAGACUGCAGAUCAAAUUAACAUUUGAAUUUAAAAAAAAGCACAAUAUCCUCAUAAGAGCUAAGCAUUUCUAGUUGGAUGGAAGUGGUUUCUCUUCUGACAGGUGGUCAAAAGGAGCUGACUUCCUUCUGCAGUCUAAGCUACCUUGUAAAUGAAGGCACUGUUGAAAAUGUUAUUUGUAAUUCCAUUUCUCCAAAAUCAGGGCUAUUUGUUUUAUGAUAUAGUCAACAGUGUCUUGCAUUCUGAUUGACGAUGCAAAGGAAUCAUUUAUGGGUCUCCUCCCUCAGAGAAACAGGAGAGAAGAAGGGAAAAGGAAAGUUGCCCAUGGUUUUCUGUGCGGAGCCCGCACACUUCCUGAAGAGAGGCUCUAGUUCAGUAGGUCGCACCCUGUUGCCAACGGGGAAGCUGCUGUGGGGAGAACAGAUGGGCCUCAGCACGCCCCGAAAAUACGCAAUAGCAAUAGGAGGCUGAAACUCCUGAAGAGAUUUCUGGG